CUAAAGGAGGUGGCCGCAGCCGAGCCCUUGCUGUUUGUGCUCGCCUCGAGAGCCGAUUACGGGCAUGGCUGCGCCGGCGUCGCCCACGAGGCGAGUCAUCAUCGAUACCGACCCGGGCGUCGACGAUGCCCUGGCUAUCCUGCUGGCGUUCGGAGCAGAGAACAUUGCUGUUGAAGGCCUCACGAUCGUCUGCGGCAAUGGCGCAGACAUUUACGCGCUCGGCGCCAACGCGAGGCUCCUCGCCCGCGCGGCGGGGUUUCCGGACGUGCCCAUAUGCCUCGGCGACGCUCCGGAGGAGGGCGCCGAGGCAGUCCAAGACAUUCCAGUCCACGUGCACGGCGCAGACGGCCUCGGCGACAUGGCAACAAAGUACGGCCGCAGCGAGGCGGACCGGUCCGGGUUUGACGCGCGGUCCGCCGCGCAGUUCCUGUGCGACGCGUGCGACGCUGCGCCCGGCGAGAUCACCGUCGUCGCCAUCGGCCCUCUCUCCAACGUGGCGGCGGCACUCGUCGCGAGACCCGACCUGCCGACGCUGCUCCAGGAGCUGCUCGUGAUGGGCGGAGCGGUGCACGGAGAGCACCGCGGCAACCGGACGCCCGCGGCGGAGGCGAACUUCGCUGCGGACCCCGAGGCGGCGCAGGCGGUGCUGACUGCAGGCUUCCGCAGCGUGAUCCUCGCCGACCUCGGCGCGACGCACCAAACCGACAUGGACGUGCUGCGGCGCGCGUGCGUCGAGGAGCUGCCGGAGAGCGGCGUGGCGCGGCUGGUGUACGACGUCGCCCAGGUCUUCAUCGACUGCUACGUCCGCACCUUCAAGCAGACCCACGCGCCCGCGCACGACGUGGUGGCCGUCAUGUACCUCGUCCGCCCGAGCCUGUUCACACGGCGGCCGGCGCGAGUCGAGGUGGAGCUGCAGGGCAGCCUCACCCGCGGCGCCUCGGUGGCCGACUGGAAGGGGCGCUGGGGGCGGCCGCUGAACUGCGAGGUGCUCAUGACUGUCGAGACCGAGCCGUUUGUGAGCGAGUUUGUCGCGGCCAUACGGCGGCUGCCCAGGACGGCGCCGGCGCUCCCGCCCUAA